AUGACGGACCAACUGGACGCAAUUGUCUCCGACAUCGUGAGUAACAGUCCUUCUGGAGAAAUUUCCGAGGUUGUGAAAGACCUCAAAGUGAUCAUUGGUGAAAGUGGAGAAGAGGCCAUUAAAGCAGCUGUUGAGAAGUAUAACAUUGCCAAUUGGAUCCCCAUAAAGUUGGGCAGUGAGUCAGUGAUAGUUUCCGAUUUCAAUAAAAGUGGUACAAAGUUUUACGAUCCGAAAUCAUCGCAGUUGUUUUCGGUUGAUCACUUGAAGAGAUUGGCUCUUGACGUUCAGCCUUGUGACAAAGAAUUAAAAGCUAACGAGUUAGCUAUUUACAAUGAUCUCGACAGCUACGUGAAGAAUAGCUUUGCCAAUGAAACAUCGUGCGCUGUCUACCCUGGAGAAAGCGCUAAUGAAAUUGUGCUAAUUAUAGUAGGCACGAAAUACAGCCCUGCUAACUUUUGGAAUGGUCAAUGGAAAUCUUUUUACAGAUUUAACACGCAAUCAAAGCAAUUAAGUGGAUCAAUUCAUGUUCGUAUACACUAUUUCGAGGAAGGUAACGUCAACUUCUCAAACGACAAAGACGUGAAGGCUGAAAACGUUGACGAUGUGGCUUCGGCAAUCAAAGAUCUGGAAGAUAACUGGGAGCAAGAAAUGGAGAAAGAUUUCUUUAACUUAAACGAAAAAGAGUUUAAACUUCUCAGGAGGCGACUCCCAGUCACUAGGUCGAAGAUCAAUUGGGGUAAAGGCAUCGGCAAUUACCGCAUCGGAAAAGACUCCGCGGCAUCGCAAUGA